AUGUAUACAGUAAUGUAUAUCCCAGCUCCCCUGUACUCCAUUAUAGUGAUAUGACAUGUUGUAUACAGUACUUACUUCCCCCCGAGUCCUCCACGGCGGUGGAGAGGGUUUCUCCUCUCAGCGGAGUAGAGCGGACCUCUCCUGCACCUGUCCCCUCAGCGGCGGUGCCGCAGAAGCCAGAAACCGGAAGUUGGAAACCGGAACACGGCUUCACAACGAGGUUUGGAGCACAGGUGCACCGCUCGCCACAGAGGAGUUUCUCCUUGCAUUUGGCGAGCGGCUUUUUCAAGCCCUGCUAU